GAACUUGUUGGAAACUGGAACUUGUUCUUGUUCGUCGUGCGGUCGUGGCACCUGGUGAGAUUUAAAUUUUGUUUUGCAUAAUUUUCUGAGGAUAUAUUUUUAAAAAGCAAAAUUCGUGAGCAAUAUGUCCCACAAAAAUAAUCAAUGAUUAAAACAAAAGAAUUUUUUUUUUUCCAAAUGUUAUCUUCUGCUGCCCAUGAGAGGAUGCUGUAUAAAGCAACCGUGCAUAAAAAUCGAUAAAAAUAUAUGUUAAUUGGCGAACUGGAACCCCCUAAAUAAUAAAACCCACCAAUCACUAGUUUCGAUAUAUUGAAGGGUGACUGCACGAACUAAUAGCAACCAAAUUUAGAAGCUGCUUUUUUCGUGAGUGCGUUUGUUUUUCAAUGUUAUCAUCCAUCUUUCGUGAAAAAAAAAACUCGUUUCACUUUCCCCACUGCUUUUUGUCCUUCUUUAACCUUCUUCAACCAGACACAGACAGGUAGCUGGUAGUGGUAGCUAAUAUAAUACCAAAAGUACAAAGUUUCAGUUAUCAUCCAACUUGACUUUGAAACCAAUGUCUUUUCCUUUGCUCCCGUUCUGUAACUCGGCAGUUUAUUACAGAAACACUCGUUUAGAAAAUAUGAUAGAGUUUCGACUUCCGAUUCGUCGGUUGUCUUUUGUGUCGCUUCUUGUUGGAGCCAUUUUCGGAUGUUGUCUAAACUCAUUUGUACUCCAAUCUCUCCAAGUAUUGUUCUUUGAAGACAUCACCCCGGAAAUCUCACUGCCAUACGAAAAUGAAACUUUGACAGAAACGCCAAUCGAAUUCAAGGAAUUCCAUCCAGCGGUGGAAAAAAGGGAAGUGAAAGAUGAAGGUGUUGCCAAGGAUCCGGUAGACCUUUACGACAAAGUGCGUGUCUUGUGCUGGAUUAUGACAUCCCCCGAAAAUCACGAAACAAAAGCUUUAGCCGUAAAAGAGACGUGGGGCAACCGCUGCAACGUUAUUCUGUUUAUGAGUUCAGAAAAAGAUUCCAAAUUGCCUUCAGUCCAAUUGCACGUGAAAGAAGGCCGAAUUCGACUAUGGGGCAAGACUCGGGAGGCAUUCCGCUAUGCCUGGGAUCGAUAUAAAAAUGAAGUUGACUGGUUCCUCAAAGCGGAUGACGACACAUAUGUUAUUGUUGAGAACCUGCGCUACUUUCUCUCGGCCUUUAACGCAUCAGAGCCUAUGUGGUUCGGUCACAAGUAUAAGACUAAUGUAACGGCGGGAUUUCACAGCGGCGGCGCUGGUUAUGUCUUGAGUAAAGAAGCUACUAGAAGAUUCGUUCAAGAAGGUUACGACAAUCCGUCGGCCUGUAAAAAUGACCAUGAAGGAGCGGAAGAUGUUGAAAUGGGAAGAUGCAUGGAAAGUUUAAAGGUUUUGACUAUGGAUACUAGAGAUUCUAAAGGAAGAGGACGAUUCUUCCCUUUCCAACCAGACAGAUUUUACUUUUCUCGUAAAAUUACCAACUAUUGGUACUGGAAAUUCGUUUACUACCCUCCAUUAAUGGGUCCUGAUUGCUGUUCGGAUAGUACCAUAUCUUUUCACUACAUCGAUCCAAAGAUGAUGCACUUAUUGGAUUUCUUCUUCUACAAAAUUCGUCCUUACGGGAUCGUCGAUCACCGACCUGCUACCCCGGAGCCGCCCCCGGAUUUAGAAUUGACAGCCACUCCUUGGUACGCUCCUAACGAAACCACUAAUAAUGUUGGCGGCAUCCCAAUGAUUACACAGAAGAGAAAUGCAGAAGACAGCCGCCUUAAUUAUGCCGAAGAAAAUGUUAUUGAGGAGCAAGAGGCAACAGCAGACCAGCAGCAGUUCCCAACCGAUUAUAAUCGAUACCAAGUUCAGUCAGCCGGAAGGAUCGACCGACAGACUUCCACGCUCAAGCCACAUCCGGAUUCAAAUCUAACCACCCAUUCUCGGUUCAUUAGAAGGAAAAUUGAAUUGGAAAUUACUAAUGUCCCCGUGAUUCAAAGCACUUAUUCACAAUUAAAGCUCAGGGAAAAUGGCACAAUUUCAAAUGCCACUCCCAAAAGGUUUAAAGUGCCUUUUGAACGGAAAACAUUUCAUCGGAAUAUUACGAAGAUGAACGCACCUACCACGGAGCCAGUAAUUGUGAUCCCGAACGUUUCAGUGGCAAACCAAAAGUAUCCUAUCAAUAAUAAGAGAAAAGCGUAUCGAAAGAAAGAGUCUAUAGAUUUUGAAAAAUUAUAUUUAAAAGAGAAAGGCAGGUUGACUGAUUUGUGAGAUAAUAAUUUGUGUUCAAAAAUACUUGUUUGUCUGUGGGCUUUUAACGCUUUUAGUCUGGAAGAAUAAUUGUUGCUAGGCGUUGUAAGGUUACUAUAUCUAUAUGAAAUCCCAAUUAUUCUUUAUUUUACUUCGCUAUUAAUAAAAUAAACAUUUAAAA